AUUAGCCAGUUUAAGCUCAAUAAAUCGCUAGCUAGAUAGCACUACUCCACUAAAUAAUUAUUAGGCACCACCACCCACUCCACUACUUGUGGCCACGCCGCGCGCGCGCUGCGGCGCCUGACCCCCGGCCAUGUCGUCGUCGUCCCACGAUCCCAGCAGCGCCGCCGCGGCCGACGUCGUCGGCGGCAGCUACCGCGUGUGCGACACGGUGGUGCUCGUCUGCCUCGCCUUCGCCUCCUCCAUCAUCGUCUUCACCGUCGCCGUCUGCUUCCGCCGCGCCGUCGCCCUGCAGGGCUACGCGUCCGGCCGUGGCGGCGGCGCGGGGCCCGCCGCGGCCACGGGCGCGUCCUUCGCUGGAGGAGGCCCCGGCGGCGGCGGAGGCAUGCGCGGGCUGGCGCCGUCCGCGCUCGCGGCGAUCCCCAAGUUCGCGUACCGGCGGGGCGCCAACGGCGGCGGCGGCUGGGAGCAGUGCGCGAUCUGCCUCGGCCUGGUGGGCGACGGCGAGGCCGUCCGGCGGCUGCCGGAGUGCAAGCACCUCUUCCACGUGGAGUGCGUCGACGUGUGGCUGUACUCGCACGCCACGUGCCCGCUCUGCCGGCGCGACGUCGGCGCUGCCGCCGCCGCCGCCGGCGACGACAAAGUUUGAGCACCCGCAGAUUUCGCAGGUUUGGCGAGGUGUUUCUAGGAUUAGUGUAAUUCGAGCACAGUUCAAAAGAUUUCGAAUUUGUAAUUACAAACUGCUUUAAAUAUAAAGUGCCAUUGAUCUCUCAAUUUGCUGAAUUUUGAUGUGUUUAUUUAUAUUUGGUUGCUGCUUUAAUUUCCUUCUUGGCUAGUUGUAUACAUGCCAGGAUCAUAGCAAGAUAUAUUAAUGGUGAUAAUGAUAUGGAUUAGAUUGGAGUGAACUAAAUAUUUGGGCGCAUUGGUCAAUGAAAAGAGCCGAACAAUU